CGAGAAGAUGUCAAAUGAUUUCGUGUGAGCGAAUUUUGCUUGUUAUCUGAGAUGCUAUUUGAGGUUUAUAUCUUGAGUGGAUAGCAUUUUAAAAUUCGAAAUCUUGAAAAAUUUUUGCAUAUUUUUAAUCAGAUCAGAUAGUUUUUGUAUCUUAAGGAUGAAAAUAAUACUAUUUUUCAUUACUUUCGCAACAAUUUUAAGAUCAUUUUCAUCAUUGGAUAUUGACUGCUCUUAUAUCAUUCAUAACUAUCCUCAUGUCCAACUUAUUUCAUGCUGUCAUGUAGUUAACAUUCUCAACAUAGAAUUCCCUGAUAAAGCAUUAAUUAAGUUUGUGAGCGGAUCUGACAUUGAAAAAGAUGAGACGACUGGAUUCCGUAUUUACAAUAAAACUACACAGUACUUCCCACGCGGACUAGAAAAUGUCUUCGAGAAUCUUAAAGUAAUUGAAAUUUCUCAUGGUCAUUUGAGAGAUAUUCGUCGUGAAGAUUUACAUCCAUUUGGACUAUUAGAAGUUUUAUAUUUGUAUGCAAAUGACAUUGAGAUACUUGAAGAAGGAGUUUUUGAAAAUAAUAUUAAUUUAAAGUUUAUUACACUAUCGCAAAAUAGAAUCAUUCAUAUUGAUCAAAAUGUAUUUGAUAACCUUAAUCAGUUAAUUCAUUUAUAUUUGAACAAAAAUGAAUGCAUUGACUUACAAGCUGACAAUUUAAAUCCACUUGAAAAAGUAAUUAAAGCUACGAAUUUUAUGUGCAAAAGUAAAAAUUAUGCCAAUUUACAUGAAAGCAUUAUUGUUCUUGAAAGUAUCAAAAAUAAUCUGAAGCUAGAAGAUUUUUCAACUUACUACAAAAAUCUUACAAAUCUUGAAAAUAUGACAAAAGUAAAGAACUUUAAAAAUUCAACAAUCACGAAAAGAAUUCAUCGAUUAAAGGACUGGAGCUUUGAAGUAUUAUGGAGUGAUGUUAGUAAUUUUAAUAAAUUCUUGACACGGUUUAAUGCAUCUGUGCUAGAAAGGUUGGACAAAUUGGAACAGAAUCUUUACAAACAAGAAUCAGAGAGCAGUGGAAGCCAUGAUGAUCAUACUGAAGUUCUACAGACAAUUGAGGAUACUAAAGUAGUUUCAUACAAAUUAGAGGAAAUGCAUUAUAAUCAAAUUAACGACUCAGCUCCUCCACAAAAUCAAAUUCACAAAGAGUCAAACUCAAAAUCUUUAGAAGUUUUUUGGAUCGGAUUUUGCUGUGCUUCAAUGCUGUUUCUUAUGAUUGUACUUAUUAAAAGAUAUUUCUUUAAUGAUCACAUCAUAAGCUAUAAAGUUUCUAAUUCAAAUCGAUUUGAUAAUUGAGAGUUUGAUGUGAUUCUGAAAUUUGAUUUUAGUCACUCUCCUUAAUCUUUAUGUCAGAAUGUUAUAGAACUGUUAUAUGAACUCCGUCAUAAAAA